AUGCGCUAUGAGGACUGGGAUGUUAUCCUGUUUCCCGUGGGCCGCGACGCCGUUAUACCGUUCAAGGAGUUCAAAGUUGCCUGCCACGUGGUGCCCGACUUUGAGCUGUCCCAUAUCCAUGGCGCCGUGGGCAUGCCUAUCAUGACGUGCUUCGUGCCCAGCUUGCCGCCCGGGUCCCCUUUCCAGAUAUCUCUGCACUGCUGGCGUAUCCCGGAGAUCAGCCAGACAACUCGUGCCUACAGCAAACACACCGAACUUGUCAAGUUCGAGGCUCGAGUUAUGCUUGACGGACGGUUGGUUGCUACAACCAUUUUCGACCGUGAAGUCAACGGCCCGCAUCUGGUCACCCACACUUUCGAGCUUACGAAGACCGGCGAGCUUGAGAGGCUCCGGUUUCCCCUUUUUCGGCGCGAACUUCUCUACCAGAACUUUUGGCACCCGGGAGACGACGUUGGCCGGAUCAAGGUAAUCAUCAGCGAAGGCUUUCCGCGGGACUCGGUUUCCGUUCCGGUUGAGCGAGUUAGGAAUGUUGUGGCAUUCUCUUUCCAACAUGCUCCGCUGGAAAUCCUUGAGAGUAGUGGAAUCGCAUGGCCGAAUCCAUCCAUGUGGAACGGUCCAUCAGUGAAUCCGGCGAUGCAGGUGCCGACGUACCAGCUGGAGGCGGGCGCUGGCUCGCAUACACAUUCACCCCGCAGAGGACCGUGGUUGUCCCAAACUGUCAAGAGCCAGCGGUUUCCUGCUCCCUUCAUGGCAGGUGGCGGGUUCCAGUCUCAGGCACGCACCAGCUUCUCCGGUAAUCCAACGUUCCAACCACAGUACUACGACUGGUGCAACCCAGGUCCCCUUACUCCGUUGCCGCCCCAUGAUCUAUUCAACGACCCGGAAGCAUACCUCGAGCGGGCAGUCUCUAUGACGGGGUCCGGAACUACGAAAUCCGGGGAAGGGAAGAUAUCCUGGCCAGCAAGUUCAUAUAAAAUGAGGGAUCAAUCCAGCACCGACACCAGCAUGCCCGACUACAAUUCCUUGCAUGGCCAAGAAGCAAUGCAGAUCUCGGGAUCCAGUCUCGAGGAGGACCCCAUGACUCUCAGAGUCCCAACAAACACGCCAACAGUGGCAGCCGAGCAUGGCCUUCUGAGUACUCAGGGUACCGAAUUCCAAUUGCUCUCUGAAUCAACGGCUUUGUCUCCUGGUCUUGACUCGCCACUUACACAAUCACUUCUGAAUCAACCACUUGGGGUGCCAUUCCCACCUCACCAUUUCUCCUUUUCACUGCCAGGAUCCAAGGGUCGAACGGUAUCUUCCAACGUUAUAGGGCCCGUGCCGAACGUCGACAUGAGCAAGUUCUCACAGUAUAGACUCGGUUUAGGCAAGCCUUCUUUGUCUCCUGUCAGACCCACCCGUGUAGGAGCUUCAGAACAUCGGCAAAGCGAUUCCCCCACGCCACAGGCUACCUUCCACGAUCGCUUAGGAAACACCUUGGCCAACCCCCGUGACUCCGCCAUUACAAACACCACUUACCCCAAUGCGCUGUCUCGUUCGGAGGCGGUACCUGUAGCCACCCCGGACAAAGCGUGUUCUCAAGGCGAUGGGGAAUCGUCGCGCACCAGAACCCCUGCGUCCGGAGGAGUGAUGGAGGGCAAGGACGAGCCCCGCCGGUCAACUCCGCAGUAG